AUGUCCUGGCCAGCCACUCCACAAUGGGCCGCCGAGCACCCCGAGUUGGAGAUACCGGAGAUUGACGAGAGCGACGAUUUGGGAGAGCUUGUGAGAAAACUCUCUUUUUACAUCGUCGAGGCCAUUACACUCCCUCAUAGCUUCGAAGAGCUCCGAACCGUAGCCUCCGCGCGUACCCUGUCGCCCCUCAUCCUAUACUUGACGAACAACUGCCAUCAUCGUGCAAUCAUACACGCGCUUUUGGCCUUGAAGGCUCACUUUGCUGCGCUAGAGGAAUCGAGCGACGAGCCUGGCGUCAACGAAGCUCGAGGAUAUGCUUGCGAAUAUGUAGCCUGGCAGUUCCUGACCAGUCUCACCGAGCGUGAUACAAUUGAUUUCCUCCUUUAUGAGAUUCAACCAGCGUCAUCGUCCAGCGACCGCGAUUCGGAUAUAGAGCGUGAACAGGUAGACAUAUCAGCGCCUGUCACUGAAAGUAGCGCGCUUCUUGAUGAUGGGCGCACCUCGUCCUACUUUGGAACGGAUGGCGUACAUGGUGUCGCUAUGACUUCAUCAGGCCAGUCGGACGAGUUCACGGCACAAUUUGAAAAUCUUAGUGCCCUGGAGAUUGCAGCCGUAUCGAAUAGCAAAAAGUUCCUUAGGCAACGGCCUGUUCAGAAAAUCAUCAACGGUCUCUGGAGGGUAUGUUAG